GGCCAGUUCUGGUUUAAGCAAUCGUAGUUCUUCCCAUCCUGUGAGGUCAUGAUACAGUCGCGGUAGCCUAACCAUCACAAAUGGCAUACAGAGUUACGGACCGUUGUUUAUCGAUUGAUAAGAAGUGACAGCCGAGUGGCAGGGAGUCGAGACUCGGAAAGGUGGCCGACGCCAGUCGUCAGUCGUGACUCGUCAGUCGUCAGUCGUGACCGGGAACAUGGCGGCCGGCGACCCUGAGGGAGGAUCCCGCGUCGAAACCCAAUUCGACAGGCUCAGCAUAGCGUCGGACGACUGCUCAUUCAGGGCCGAGCAAGAGUGCUCAUCGAAAUACGACGAAGACUUCAACAGGAAGUGGGGCUUCAGGCUCAAAGAACUCUACUCCCUCGCUCUCACCUUCUACAAAGAAAAGGAAGGGAAAGCUGUGAGUCUUUGCUACCAGGACAGACUGAAGCUGGUCGCACUUACUAAACAAAUAACAAUUGGGAAAUUCAAUCUAAGCAAUGCGCCACCUCUUGGAGUGUUAGAUGUCAUCGGCCGAGACAGGAGACUGGCCUGGCAAGCCUUGGGUGACAUGAGCGCAGAAGAUGCCAUGAUUGAAUUUGUAGAGCUUAUCGAUAACCGGUGCCCCAUGUUUAGACCGUACGCUCAGGCACAUAAGGCUGACAGAGAGAGUAGACUGUUGUUACAGAAACAAGAAGCUGAGAAGAAGGCAAAGGAAGCAGAAGCAUCAAAGGAAAGCAAUGGGCACCAAGAAGACCCAAAAAAGGAAGAAGAGGCGAAUGGGCAGAGUUUGGAAUUGCAAAAGCAGAACAUCAUGGAAGCCCUUAAUCGUCAGACAUACACGCAAUUUAAAACCUACGUGGAACGGCAUUUCCCAGGAAACAUUGAACGGCAAGAAGUGCUGAUGAAACAACUUCAAGAGCAGCAUUACUAUCAGUACAUGGAACAGCUAAUGUCACGCAUCAAAACUGUUGGAGACCAGACGCAAGAUUUAUCAUCGCCCAACGGCCACGUUAUGAAUGAACAAACCGAAAGUGAUGAAGAAACGAUUCCAACAAUGGCAGUCACUUCCGCUUCUCUUUGGACGAGGACGGAUGUCAAAGAGUUCAAAGAAUCUAUCCGAAAGGAAGGCAGGGAUGCUGUAAUCAAAGUGGGCCAUGGGGAAACAGUCACUGUGAGAGUGCCGACGAAUGAUGAAGGUACGUGUAUAUUUUGGGAGUUCGCCACUGAUUAUUACGACAUAGGGUUUGGAGUAUUUUUCGAAUGGGCGAAAUCACCGACGAACCAGGUGUCUGUACAUAUCUCAGAAAGCGAAGACGACGAUGAUUAUGUCAAUGAUGAAGAAGACGAUGACGAUGAUGAUGAAGAGUUUGAAGGAAUCAGAGUAGGCGAUGUUGAAAGAGGGCUCAGAAAAGUGUCAGGAGUGGACCCGUGCAGGCCACCUACGAGCGAGAUCGUCCCAGUUAGGAGGAGAGACUGCAUGCAGCAAGUCUACGCCGGCUCUCACGUUUAUCCAGGAACAGGUGUCUAUCUCCUAAAGUUCGACAAUACCUACUCAAUCUGGCGGUCAAAAACACUCUACUACAAGGUCUUUUAUGCGAGAUAAACCUUGUAAUUUGUAACCUUGUGUUUGUUUCUGUAACACGACUAACAAAUUCUUUUUUUUUUUUUUUUAAUUGAUUAAAAAUGUAACUUCCUGUUUCUCAAAUGGCUGUCGAUCCUGCUGUUUUUAGAUUAAAUUUAUUUUUACUCUGUGUUUGUCAAAUAAAAAGCUUCCUUCACCAAUGGGAAAAAAUGUUGGAGAUUAUAUUAUGUACAGUGUUUAUAAUGUAAAAAUCUUAUAUAUCUAUUGGAUAUGUUGUUAUUAAAAGCAACUGGUUGUAUGCAAUUA